CUCUUCUUCUUUCUCUUUUCACUUCUCGUACAGAAGGUCCUUCCCUUAGCUCCAUCAUGGCGAACGUUGUCGAUACUAAAUUAUAUGACAUCCUAGGGGUGUCCCCCACUGCCACUGAAAAUGAGUUGAAAAAGUCAUACCGGAAGCUAGCAAAGGAAUAUCACCCCGACAAAAACCCAAAUGCUGGCGACAAGUUCAAGGAGAUCAGUUUUGCAUAUGAAGUGUUGACUAAUCCAGAGAAGAAGGAGCUGUAUGAUCGCUAUGGGGAGCAGGGACUGCGGGAAGGAGGUGGAGGUGGUGGGGGAAUGGAUGACAUCUUUUCACACAUCUUCGGCGGUGGACUUUUUGGCUUCAUGGGCGGACAGGGGCGCAGCCGAAAUGGUGGUAGACGAAGAGGAGAGGACAUGGUUCACCCACUCAAAGUUUCACUUGAAGACCUGUACAAUGGAAAAACAACUAAACUGCAGCUGAGCAAGAAUGUUCUUUGUGGCACUUGUAAUGGCCAGGGUGGGAAGACUGGCGCAGUUCAGAAGUGUGUGGCCUGCAGGGGGCGUGGUAUGCGCAUCAUGAUCAGACAGUUGGCUCCUGGGAUGGUCCAACAGAUGCAGUCCGUUUGUACUGAUUGUAAUGGAGAAGGUGAGGUCAUCAACGAGAAAGACCGCUGUAAAAAGUGCGAGGGCAAGAAGGUUAGUAAGGAGGUGAAAAUCCUGGAGGUCCAUGUCGACAAAGGCAUGAAGCAUGGGCAGAAGAUCACCUUCGGAGGAGAAGCUGACCAGGCACCUGGGGUUGAGCCAGGAGACAUUGUCCUCGUCCUGCAAGAGAAAGAGCAUGAGACAUACAAAAGAGAGGCCCAUGACCUGCACAUGACCCAUAAGAUUGGCCUUGUUGAAGCGCUUUGUGGAUUCCAGUUUACGUUGAAACACUUAGAUGGCAGACAGAUUGUAGUCAAGUACGCUGCUGGCAAAGUUAUUGAGCCAGGCUCGGUCAGAGUUGUGCGAGGCGAGGGGAUGCCACAGUACCGUAAUCCAUUUGAAAAGGGAGACCUGUAUAUUAAAUUUGAUGUGCGGUUCCCAGACAACAACUGGAUCAGCCCCGAUAAACUCAAUGAGCUGGAGGACUUGCUGCCAACACGUGCCGAGGCUCCCAUAGUGUCUGGGGACGCGGAGGAGGUGGACCUGCAGGACUACGACGUCAGCCAGGGCUCGUCUGGAGGACGACGUGAGGCCUACAACGACAGCUCAGACGAUGAAGGAGGCCACCACGGCCCUGGAGUGCAGUGUGCCCACCAGUAACAUCUGGCUCAGGGGGAAAUGUAUGUGUUGCAUCCCCCCCCCCCCCCCCCCCCGGUCGUCGUCGUCUUCCCAUACCGAUCACGCAUCCCUCACUUUCCUUGUGGUAACGCCAGAUAAGAUGGAAAAGGUCAUUUCUCCUUUGCUUGGUGUGUAACUUGCAUUUUUUUUUUCAUGGUAUUUACAAUAAUUAAUUUAAACUAACCAUAAAAUGCAGUUUUGGCCUCCACCUCUGGACUGUGGGGUGUGAGUUAGGAAAGGGAGAUCCUGAAAGGACCCAGGACACAAACAUCACAUUUUUAGGUUUGUAUGUAUCUGUGCUUGAUUUUUACUGCUUGAUUUUUCUUUUUGUAGGUUUUUACUUUUGUUUUCCUUUCUAUAUAUAUAUAUAUAUAUAUAUAAAAAUCAAACAUGACAACAUUGUGUAUAAUAUGAAAGUGAUUGUCGGUGAGCUUUAUAUCAGCUGCGCUAAUACAGUGGUGUGAUACAAAUAGAAAAAACACCUGUAUCUGUCCUCAACCCUGGUGCAUGUUAAGACCGCAUUGGUUCCUGCACUGAUUAAACAUCCAGUCUAAUGAGAGAAGCGGGAAAAAUACAAUUUAAAAGCAGCAUAACUUCUGUGAAACGAGGUUUAUUAAGUUGUUAAAUAAACGUUCUUCAAAUCUCAAACAGCAA